AUGGGUGAAAGUCGGGAACAUUCGGAAGAUAUUGACAUAGAUCCACAAUCGGAAAGGUCUUUGAUCAUUUUUGGACGAGAUGUGAGCACGAUCCCGUGUUUUCGGAAUAGCUUUUUGUAUGGAAUCAGCAUUGGAAUGGGGGUAGGAUUUUUGGCAUUUCUUAAAACCUCUCGUCCACAACUGUCCACACACAUCGGGUUUGGAUCGUUUAUGGCGACCACACUGGGCUAUUGGUUUCCGUGUCGGUACAAUUGGUCCAAGCAAAAGUUUGAUACUGCACAGCUACAGCAAGCACUGCAACAACAAGCUAUUUAUGAGGGUACCGAAAAGGAGCGUGAAAAGAUAAACGCCAAGCUGGAACAAGCCUAA